GAGUGUGCUGCCGGCUAAUGUGAUUUCUGCUGGGUCGUCUUCUUCGAUAUUAUUGGCUUUUUUCGCUCCACAAAGAGAGGAGCAAGAUGUCGUCUGCCGGCCUGGACGUGGAUUUUUGCUUCGAGGUUGCGCUUCCCUUGGUGAAACAAGCCGGGCAGGAAAUUUUGGCCGCUUUUGAGAGAAAAGACAAAAAGGUGGAGUCAAAAAGUUUUGCAGAUGAUUUAUUGACUGAAACUGACCGACGUGUGGAGGAUUUACUCAUCGCUGGACUUAAAGAUAAAUUUCCUAACCACAGGUUCAUCGCGGAGGAGCGCGUUUCCUCCGGGGGCGAGUUCGAGGCGAGCACCGUCGAGCCGACGUGGAUCAUCGACCCCAUCGACGGCACGACCAACUUCGUGCACGGCUACCCGCAGGUAUGCGUCAGCGUCGGCUUGUGGGCGCAAAAUUGUCCCCAGCUGGCGUUUGUCUUUAAUCCGGUGCUGGAUCAACUCUUCACUGCCAAGAGGGGCCAAGGCGCCUUUCUCAAUGGACGAAAGUUGAGCGUCUCCAAAACGACUGAAUUAAGCGCUGCAAUUGUUGGCGGUGACAUUCUGUCUUAUCAGAGCCAAUUUGACCGGUUGGAGGUUUCGAUCGCCAAUGCCAAGAGCGUCAAAGCGGUGGCAAGAGCUUUCCGCAUACCUGGAUCCGUGGCGAUUACAUUAGCAUAUGUGGCGAUGGGCGCGCUGGACGCGUAUUUCGAGCAGGGGCCCAAGAGCUGGGAUUUCGCGGCCGGCGUGCUGCUGGUGACGGAGGCGGGCGGCGUCGUUCGCAGCAUCCUCGGAGAGCCGUUCGAUUUGUUUGGCAGGACCGUGCUUGCGACGUCCACGGAAAAUCUGGCAAAGCAACUUGCCGACACACUUCAGCCGUUCCCGUUCGAGAGGGAAGGUGGACCAGGCCCUUAUAAAUUCUAGAAAGAACUUACUCCAUAUCAAAAAUCAGAAAGCAAUAAUCCCUGAGUGAAUUCUGACUUAAGAAAAUUAAUUAAAGAGUGAACCAGACAAAAUUUAAUCAAAUCUAAUUAUGAAAAGAAUAUUAAAAAAAAAAAAUCUGUAAUUUUUCUCUAUAAUUUUAUAUCUUCCUCGAGAAAGGUACCGUUAAGACAGAUUUCCCUAGAUGAUGGGUUUGGUUGUACAAAAUUUCAAGGAUAAUGAAGGUGAGCGGCCUAUGAAUUGGGAACUUUAUGUUGGCAUUUGCCAGAAAUGUCGGAUGGAAUCCGCAGAAGAAAGCAGGGCUGACUGCAAAAUCGUAUAAUAAUUGCAGACCCCUGCAAUUUCUCCCGAUAUCUGCCUGUCGCAGUGAUUUUAUGAUUUCCAAAGCCUUGUGAAAUCCGACUCAAUAUGUGCAUACAAAGUUUACUCAUUGAACAAUUACAAAAGACUUUUUGAGAUCUAUGUCAGGAUCUGUCAGUUUCAAUUAACUCAAACUGACAAUGAGAAAUUAAUUAUUUCACAAAUCACAUUGUUUCUAACUGGAGUAGAAAACAUGCUUAAUAUUUAUGUUAAUUAUUAUCAUUGCAGCUAUUAUGUUAUGUUAUGGCCAAAAAUUAUUAAAAAGAUACUCACAAUCGGUCGUAUCGUAAUUCAAUUGGGUCAAAGAAAAGAAGAU